AGAAAUACAAGACACUUAAAACGUAACAAAAUACCAAAAUGGUUUACAUACACUUUCCAAAUAAUCUAACAGAGGAGGAGCAGAUGCUCCAAGCCAAAUAUCAAAAACUGAAGAAAAAGAAAAAAGCUUUACAAGCUCACAAAGCGCCCAAGCAGGAGCCAGAGAGCGCUCUUACAUUGAAACGGCCUACAGAUGCGCGUGAUGCGAGGGAAGUGGCUCGUAAGCUGAUCAAAAGCGGUGCCAUUCCCGCCAUACAAAAGCAGCAAACAAAGCAGGACCAAACCUCAUUUAAGCGGCCAAAGGGCCAGGAGCGUGCCAAACGUUCCACCUCAGAGACGACUGUGGCUGCGUAUCAACCUUUCUCAUCGACACAGAACGACGUGGCACAGGAGACCAUUAUCAGUGAAAUUAUAAAAGAGGAGCCACGCCGUCAAAAUUUGUACCAACACUUUGCCACGGAACGCGAUCGUGAGGAACGUGGGCUGACAGAGAAAGUGACGCUAGAUGCUACGCAGCCAGAGAAGCCUCGCGCUGGCAAUACGAUAUUCGUCUCGGGCAACAAAGUUACUGAAGAGUUUCUUAAGAAAACGUUCAACGAUUAUGGCACCAUCGUCAAUGUAUCUAUGGAGAUUGAGAAGAGUCGCGGAUUUGUUUCGUUUGCUAAGCCGGAAUCCGCAGAUCGCGCCAUAGCCGAAAUGCACGGCAAGAACGUGAAUGGAAUUGUCCUGCAGGUGCAACUAGCUCGCCGCCAGCCGCAAAUUGAGCCCAUCAAUGAUGCUUCAUCUUCAGCAGUUUGGUCUUCCAUAGCUGCCAGCAAAUCGCAAAAGGGAAGUCACAAGGAUUUGCGUCAAAUGGUUCAAUAUGAUGAUGAUUUCUUAAAGUAAUGGAUUUAGCCUAGUAUUUAAUUUGUAUCAUAAUUUCUUUCAUUUCAUUUCACACAUUUGGUAAGUCAGUAAGUUCAUUUAUCAUGUUUAUGUAGUUUCUUGCUUUAUUGAAAAUACGUUUCUCUAUAAGUUUAUAUAUAAAGAACUUACAUAUUUUUACCCUCGCGCGGUUCAAAUCAAUUGCUUCUUUGUAAAUAAAAGAAAAACAUGCGUAUAUAAUGCAUUCAUGAGAAGUAAAACAA